AUGGAGGAAUUGGACAUCAAAUUCAACGUGAUGGUUUCCUUAUUCAAUUGGAUGCAGAAGAGCAAAUCCUCCGCGACGAAGCGUUCCAAGUUCCGCAAAUUCCUCAAUGCUUUCUGCCGGAAACCGGGGUACUAUUUUAGCGCCGUCCGCUGGGUGGCGGGGAGAGGAGGUCGCGCUGGGGAAAGGGCAGGGGAGGGGGGUCGGCAGGGAGGUGGUGGGAGAAGGGGAAAGGGCAGGGGAUGGCGGGGGGAGGGGGUCGCGCUGGCAGAGGAAAGGGCAGGUGGGUGGCGGGAGGAGGGGGAGUGGCAGGAGAAGCUGGGGAAAGGGCAGGGGGUGGCGGGAGAAGCUGGGAAAAGGCAGGGGGUGGCGGGGGAGGGGCUCGCUCUGGCAGAGGAAAGGGCAGGGGGUGGCGGGGGGGAGGGCAUCGUGGUGGCAGAGGGGGAAGGGGCACAAGGGGUGGCGGGAGGUGGAGGGAGGAGAAGGGGAAAGGGAGGAGAGGGGUGGGCGUGA